UCAUCUAGUUUGUAUAAAGUAAUCUCAGAGUGAAGACCUGUGGCGUGGUACCUAUCAAAUAAAAGAAACAUUCAAAACAAAAUACACUUUAUUAAAAAAAUAUAGAUUACAAUGGAAGGUCUAAGUGAUAGAGAUCAGGCGGUGUUGCGGAGCAUUAUGGACCCCACCGCCACUCUUGGUGACUUGACUGAUGAUAGUGAUAAUUUUCCAGAAGACAAUGCACCUACAUCUGACAGCGACCGCUUGUCGGCGGAGCUGUGCGCGCGCGGCGCGGCGCUGGCGGAGGGCGGGCGGCUGGGCGAGGCGCUGGCGCUGAUGGGCGAGGGCGUGGCCGCCGCGCCCGCCCGCCCCGACGCGUACAACGACCGCGCGCAGGUGCUGCGUCUCAUGAUGAGGGACACGGAAGCGCUAUCAGACAUCGAGCGAGCCCUCUCCCUGACAGCCGGGUCCCGCUGCCGGGCGCGCGCGCUGGCGCUGUGUCAGCGCGGGCUGCUGCGGCGCAAGGCCGGUGCGGAGGCCGACGCACGUGCAGACUUCGUCGAGGCCGCCGACCUAGGCAGCGCUUUUGCCAAGAAGCAGGCCGUGGAGCUAAACCCGUAUGCCGCCCUCUGCAAUCAAAUGUUGAGCCAAGUUCUCCGCGGGGACAAAGAAAUUAAACUUUAAAUGCAGCAUUUUCUGAACAGCGCCAUCUAUCGUCAGGAAUAUAGUUUACGGUAUCAGUUGAAAAAUAAAACACUUUUCAAAUCUAA